UGCUGGGCGCCGCGCGUGCGCAGUGGGGCUCGGCGUCAGCGGAGGCCCAGAGCGGCGGUUGGGGGGCCGUUAGCGUCGCCAGAGGCGCCUCCUUCGUUCGUUGGUUCGUUCCCGGCGGCCAUGGAGGCGAAGGGCUCGUCGGUGGGGCGUCCGCCGGUGAAGGGCAUCCUGAAGAACCCCUCGAGCAGCGCCGGGAGCGGGCUGGGCCUGGCCGGGAUGGCCGCGCCCUCGGCCGCCUUCCUCCAGCAGCAGGCCCAGGCCUCCUCCGCCGCCGCCGCCGCCGCCGCCUCCGCCGCCGCCUCCGCCUCCUCGGCGCGGGCCCGCGCAGACUCCAGGCCCAUCCUCGAAGGGAAGAAGUCGCAGAAGUGGGACGAGAUGAACAUCCUGGCCACCUACCACCCGGCGGGGAAGGACUACGGGCUCAUGAAGAUCGACGAGCCCAGCACCCCCUACCACGCCAUGGUAGGAGACGACGAGGACGCAUGCAGCGACACGGAAUCCAGUGCAAUCCCAACUGCAGAUAUCUUGGCUCAGAAGUUAGCAGCAGUAGUGGAAGGCAAGGGACCAAAGGUCCUAGCUCAGGAGGAAGACAGCAGUGAUGAAGAUGAAGAUGAGACAGAACUCUCGCCAGAAGAACGUGAGAAAAAGAAGCAGUUUGAAAUGAAGAGGAAAAUGCAUUACAAUGAAGGCCAGAACAUCAAACUUGCCCGGCAGCUGAUUGCUAAAGAGCUGCAUGGUGCAGCUGUCAAUGACGAUGAAGAGGAGGAUGAGGAAGAUGAGGAUGAAGAGAUGCGAGACGCCACAGACUUGGGGGGGAUGAGCCCAGAACUUGUACCCGCUGCUCCUAGUGACCCGCUCGAGAACACUGCACACAGCCUAGAAGAAGUCUGCUCAGGACUGUAAAGCCGCGUCUUUGUGUCCACUGCAUCACGCCCUGUGGAGUGGCCAGCUUGCACUUCUGUAUUGCCAAGAAUACAGUGGAGUAGCCAUCAAGACUUUUCUGUUAGGGACUGCAAAUGUUGCAGAGCUGGCUUAUCAUCCCAGUGCCUCGUGGUCUCAGAAGAUGGCUUUGUGCAAACUCUGCAGGGUGGGAUCACAGUGUGGGGCAGCCCUUGUGGCCGGGGCUUAUUCCCAUUGCCCCUCUGGCUAUGAAGCCAUCCGACAGCCAGCCGCACUCGCUUUCUGCUCUUUCAUUUGGCUCCCCUCUCGUGGACUUCAGUGGCUGUGUCUUAUAGGAGGGCUUGGGUGUCAGUGUGCCAAACUCUACAGCUUGGAAUAGAUGCCCCUUGCCCCUCUCUCUGUCGUCCACUCCUAACCUGUUCCCGCCUAGCCAGCUGGUGAUUAUCUCAGCUGCUGAGAAAGGGAGCGAGGGGCCACAUUAAACAAGCAAGAGGCUUUGCAUUCUACAGCCAGGCGUUUCCCAGGCUCCCCAGCUGUUGUGCAUGGGAUGUUCUGAGUUGGGAAACGAUGAGCCAACCUGAACGUACUGUGUUACUUUCUCCAUCUGUCCUUUGGUUUUGAUGUAGUGUUCUGUAGCUCUUUUCCCACCAGGCUGUGUGCCGCUCUGCCACCCAAGGCAUUCUUUCCUCUGGCUGCUAAGAGUUCAGAGGGAAGCCGGCUCUGGAAGCAGUCUUCACUGGGAGAGCGCUACCUCAGAGAAACCCCAGGCUCUUAAGCCCCUCCUCAGGACUGCUGUCCUCUGCUCUGUCCGGAGGCUGGUCUGCAGUAGCCCAGUGGGCUUCUGCAAGUUCCUGGGGCCUUUGGGAGGAGCAGGAGGGGAUGCGAAGGACUCUUGCACUGGAGGUCCCCUGCCAUGGCAGCCUAGCAGGGAAUCCAGCCUGGCCUGCCUCUGGGGAACUGGCUUUGAGCUUGGUCCAAUGGCACUGGCCAUCUUUGGCUCUUUGUUUCUUAAAAGCUUGGCCUAAUUUGUAUCUUUGCACAGCUCUGUGCCACUGUAGAUCUAUUUCAAAGCGACACCUUGAGUUAUUUUAUAGUUGUAUCCAGCACUGGGGCUUUCUUCAGACAUUUGGUUUUCCUUCUCUAGUUUCGGGUGUGUAAUGUAGUCACUGGACUUUCAUUUAAGGAGGUGAGGUGCUGUAGAAAGCGUUGAGUUGCUUCAGCCGGGUUCUUGGCCGGGCUUCUCUUUGUAUCCCUCCCACUAUGCAACUAUGGCAGGUGAGUAAAGGGAAAGGCAUUUCCCCAGGGAAAGAGUUUGGAUUUUGGUAGGAUGGGACUUGAGCCUGGUAACCCAACAUGAUGAUGGGGUGGGCUUGCCCUGGCUCUGGGUAGGAAUGGAGACUUGGGGGCUCAGGCCUGCCUUGUCUUGACCCCGUUGCCUGGGCCGGAGGGAGGUUAACCUGUCUUCUGUACAGCACUUGGAUUACUCUCACUGAAUAAAACAUGCAGCAAAUAGUGGUCAAAACA